AUGGUUGAUAAUGGCCUUCCCAAGGACCAGGAUGUCCUUGACCCUGAGACGCAACCUCUACUACAAGGGCGGGAGCAAGGGCAUGGUGACUCCAAUCCAAAAUUCCAACGCCUUGGCUGGAAACGUCUUACUAUCAUAUCUAUUGUCGAGGCUAUUGCCCUAGGAAGUCUUGGCUUGCCAUCCGCAUUUGCUGCCUUGGGAAUGGUCGCAGGUGUACUUCUGACCGUGUGGAUCGGCGUGGCUGCGAUGUAUGCAGGCUAUAUCGUCGGGCAAGUUAAAUUAAGAUAUCCACAAAUCGGUCAUUACGCAGACAUAGGUCAGCUUAUGUUCGGAGAAUUUGGAUCCAUGGUGUUUAUUCUCGUUUUUGUUGCCCUGCUGGUGUUCGUUGUUGGUUCACACUGCUUGACUGGCGCAAUUGCAUUUCGGAACAUUUUUCAGAGUGAUCAAUGUUCGAUAGUUCUGAGCAUCAUAUCUGCUGCCAUUUUGAUGAUACUUGCGAUCCCUCCGGCAUUUGCGGAGAUUGCGAUUUUGGGUUAUAUCGAUUUUGCCUCGAUCAUCUUGGCCAUCGGGGUCACUAUGGUUGCAACGGGGAUCCAAAGUGCCAGUGAUGUCGAUGCCCUUUCUGCAGUUCAUACACCAUGGUCAUUAUGGCCGAAGCCUGAUAUUAGCUUCUCGGCAGUCGUCGUCGCUGCCAACACCAUUGUAUUUGCCUAUUCCUUCGCUGGCUGUCUGCCAACAUUCAUGGAAGAUAUGCACACACCAGAGGACUAUGUCAAAACUCUAUGGUGGCUGGGAGGUACCCAGAUUGUUAUAUAUACCCUGACAGGGUCUAUCAUAUAUGCAUUUGUGGGACAGGAAGUGCAGUCACCUGCUUUACUAUCUGCAGGACCAGUCAUCUCUCGUGUAGUUUUCGGCAUCGCACUACCAGUGAUUUUCAUUUCCGGGUCAAUCAAUACUACGGUUGUCUCUCGAUACAUCCAUUCCAAAUUAUACGAAGGCUCCGCCAUUCGCUUUAUAAACACCCCUAAAGGCUGGAGCACAUGGCUUGGCCUGGUGUUUUGCAUUACUGUCAGCGCUUGGGUGGUUUCCGAGGCCAUUCCGUUUUUCUCAGAGCUUCUGUCUAUUAUCUCAUCCCUAUUUGUUUCUGGCCUGUCAUUUUACCUUCCACCAGUCAUGUGGUAUAUGCUUAUAAGAGAUGGAGCAUGGUAUGAUAAACAAAACUUGAAAGCUGCCGUCUUUAAUGGGCUUGUUUUCAUUCUUGGAAUCAUAAUUUUGGUUUGCGGCAGCUACUCCAGCAUCGCCCAAUUGGUGCAUAAAUUCCAGUCAGGAUCGAUAGGCAAGCCUUUUACAUGCUCUUAG